UUUUUGGUUCCGGUUGGAUGUGUUGAGGGUGCUGGCAGUAGAAUGACAGCUGUGACUGUAUCUCCUGGAGAAAAGGCGAGAAGGCCUCCAGUAAAGGUUCUGUCCAGCCAGCUGAGAGAGGCGGAAGUGGCCAGUGUGGGGAGCGGAAGGACGGAGCUAAGUAUCCGGAGGCUGGGUGGCGGCGGGUCGGUGCCGGUGUCGGUGGUGUGGAUGCAGGGCACUGUGGUGGAAGCGCACACUGAUCAAAACUCUGUCCUGCUUCUGGACCAGACCGGAAACUUUCACAUCACUGGUGUUAACAACAUCCCGAGAGGGAAACCCUGCCUCAGCCCGGGGAAAUACGUGAUGGUUAUGGGUGUCAUCCAGUCACAUAGUCCAGAGCCAGUGCUUCGGGCAGUGAAGAUGGCAGAUCUUUCAGAUAAUGCAGCCGUGCACAGGAAAACGUGGAAAUAUGAAGUUGAAGACCUCCAACAAACUUUGCCAUAAUGAACUGUAAUAUUUUAUAGACCUUCUAACACUAUGCUACGAUGGCAUGUUUUGGAUUUCUGAAAGAAACAUCAGUACCAGUGAUUUUUUUUUAAAUAAUAUUUUGUUUAUUAAUCUUGUGACAUUUAUUUAUAUUAACUAUUGACAAUAAAAGUUGUAAAAAACUU